AUGGCUCAUGGGUUGUUGAAGCCCUUAAUAUCGCCUACAAGUGCAAGAUUCUCUCACUUCUCCAAUUCUUCGCUUUCUAUAGGUUCGAGUGGUCAAGCUCUUCACAAAAAAGAUAACAAACCAAGAAAUGAAUUCUUCCUCUUCUCAAAUGCUUUAAGACUCAAGUAUCCAAGCAAAGAUAAGAAUCAAUCCAAGUGCCAACACCCCUACCUAAUGAUGCCGUACUCCCUUUCUUCAAAUACCCGAGUUACCCCUCCAAUCACAAGAACCAAACCGUAUGGUAUUCAAAGAACAGAAGAGAAGAAAAGAAUGAGUCUAUUUUUGGAGACGCCUAAAGAUUUCCGCCAUCAAGCAACUCGACAACCGAUGGCCAUUGGUCUACCGCAAUGA